UUCGUCAUUUUUUUCAAUCAAAAAAAUUUAGAUUUUGCGGUGAAAGAAAGCAACUUGUAAUCUUGCGGCUGCCACUCUUCGUGCUCACUCCUUUGCAAAAACUUUUGCACCCCACUCACUCUAUCUCAUCUCUUCUCAAUCGAUCUAUUUCUCUCUCCUCACCAACCUCCAUUAAUUCAUCCCACUAAAUACCUUCUAAUUCUUCCAAUAUAGAACUAUUUACUAAUCUUGUUUCAAACCCUGAACUUCAUUAAUCAUGUCAGCAGAGGGUGGUAAUGGAUUGUUGGAUUCUAAGGUGUCGCCUUAUGAAGAGGCAAUGUGUGCUCUUUCUUCUUUGAUCACAACUCGAACUCGUGCUGAGAAGAGCAAUAGUGGAGAUCGAUUUGAUUUGCUUUUUGAUUAUAUUAAGAUUUUGGAGUUGGAAGAACCAAUUUCUAAGUUGAAGGUUAUUCAUGUGGCAGGCACCAAAGGGAAGGGUUCAACAUGUGUUUUUGCAGAAUCCAUAUUACGCAAUUGUGGCUUCCACACGGGAUUAUUUACAUCUCCCCACCUAAUUGAUGUUCGGGAAAGAUUUCUAUUAGAUGGUGCUGAGAUAUGUCAAGAAAAGUUUUUGGCGUACUUCUGGUGGUGUUUUGAUAGGCUAAAGGAAAAAGCCACUGAUGAUAUACCAAUGCCUACUUAUUUUCGCUUCUUAGCUCUGCUUGCUUUCAAGAUAUUUUCUGCAGAGCAGGUCGACGUAGCUAUCAUGGAGGUUGGACUGGGUGGAAGAUUUGAUGCAACAAACGUGGUACAAGCACCAAUUGUUUGUGGUAUAUCCUCUUUAGGGUAUGAUCACAUGGAAAUUCUUGGGAACACUCUUGGACAAAUUGCUGGAGAGAAAGCCGGCAUCUUCAAGGACGGUAUUCCCGCUUUUACUGUGCCGCAGCCUGAGGAAGCAAUGUCUGCACUUGAAGAGAAUGCCUCAAAAUUGAAUGUAACUCUUCAAGUAACGUCACCAUUAAACCCUAACAUGCUAAAUGGCUCGCAACUUGGUCUUGGUGGUGAGCAUCAAUUUGUAAAUGCUGGCCUUGCAGUGGCAUUAUGCUCUUCAUGGCUUCAAAGGACUGGACAUGUUGAAGUUUCCUACCAUAUAAACAAUAGCUCCUUACCCGAGCAGUUCAUCAAAGGGUUGACAACCGCUAGUCUUCAGGGAAGAGCCCAGAUUGUCCCUGAUCAAUAUAUCAACACUCAAGGACCUGGAGAUUUGGUGUUCUAUAUGGAUGGAGCUCACAGUCCUGAAAGCAUGGAAGUCUGUGGAAGAUGGUUUUCGCAUGUCAUUAAAGAUGACGAGAAGCUAGUGAACUAUGCAGAGCAUUCACUUCCUGAUAAUUCAAGUAUUUCUUUUGAUAUGGCACGCGGUUUUCACAAUUCUGCUACAAAGACGUGUUCAACUCAGAUAUUGCUCUUCAAUUGUAUGUCUGUACGGGAUCCCCAGUUGCUUCUACCACGUUUAAUGAAAGCUUGUGCAAGUCAUGGAGUGCAAUUUAAACAGGCUCUCUUUGUUCCAAAUAUAUCAGUGUAUAACAAGGUUAUCACUAAUGUUCCACAACCGGCAAAACGAGUUGAUUUAUCAUGGCAGUUGACUCUUCAAAGAGUAUGGGAAAGUCUUGUUAUUGCAGAUAAAGCUGUAGGUGGGUAUGCCAAGGAUACAGAAACCAGUUCUGAAGAAGCACAAGAUGAAUUAGAGAAGGGCAUUAUCAGUGGUACAAGCAGCAAAGUCUUUCCAACUCUUCCCUUGGCCAUCAAAUGGCUGCGGGACAAUGCCCGGCAAAAUCAGUCUGUUCGUGUUCAGGUCCUUGUCACGGGUUCCCUGCAUUUGAUAGGAGACGUUUUAAGAUUAAUAAGGAAAUGAAACAUGGAUGAGUAUCUACAGUGAUUUUUGCAUUCGUAUAGAUCAGAAUCAAGUUCUCUUUCGAUCUCCAGUUUAAGGAAGCCAUCAACGGUGCGAAAAUUCUUACACUUCAAGAGCAGCCUAUAUAUCAUAGCUUGGCCAUCUUUUAUUAAUUGUGUAUCCAUCGUUGAUGGAUGAAGAUGGACUUCGCAAGAGAAGCCACUUGAUGCCACCAAAUAUCUUGCUAUGAAGCGAGUAGAGCCAGCAAACAGUUUCUGGGAUUUUUUGGUCACUUAGCAUAGUUAUUUUCUGAAAUGCCAAAGAGAAGAUAGGAACAGAAUGGGUUGUAAGAAUUCUUACUGAUCUUGUUUAUGUUCCAUAGCUAGUGUUCCUGUUUAUGUUCCAUUUUCGGUAUGUCCGAAUAAAUACUUACGCAUACGCAUUUGCAAAUCUACCCAUUAGGCAUUACUUGGAAGCUUUCUUUUAGAUUCAAGUGUAUCUUUUGCAGAAAUCCACUAUCUGGUAGUAGCACUUUGUAACUUAUAGAUUGCACUAAUAUGUUGGAUAGUGUUUGUUCUUUUA